UUUCUCAUCCUACAAUAGACACCCAAGAUGAGAUUCCAUGUGCUAAACCUUGUUCAUUUCGUUUUACUUUUUCAUAGACUCUCUAUCAUUUGUACCAGAUAUAAUACUCUUAAGUUCUAUUUUCCAGCUACUCCUUCUCCAGCUUCUACUCAAAGUUUAUUCUACAGGGCUUCUUCCUCUUCUUCUCACACCUCUGGCUUGAAUGUCGUUACCCUACAACCCACCAUAGCGAGGCAAAGUCAGAGUGACAGCAGUAGUAUGGAGCAACAGGAGACACCAAGCUUCAGUAUCUUCACUGAUCAGAUGGAGGGGGCUCCUAUGCCAGAACGUCACAGAGUUGAGAGGCUGCGCCCCAUACAGCUGAGGUUCACCCCACACACUACACCAUUAUUUCAGAGCAGUUUGCAAGCAGGCACUUCGCUGCUGGACACGAUCUUCACCCACUUGGACACCUGCCCAGUCAGCAGAAGGCCCAGAACUGCACACAUCAUGACGCUGGCAGCGUACAAAGAAAAGAUGAAGGAGCUCCCCCUGGUGUCCCUCUUCUGCUCCUGCUUCCUCUCAGACCCCUUAAACAAACCAUCUUAUAAAUAUGAAGUAGACACGGUAGACCUGACCUGGUGCGUCAUUUCUGACAUGGAGGUCAUCGAACUCAACAAGCGCACCUCGGGUCAGUCCUUCGAGGUUAUCCUUAAACCGCCAUCCUUUGAUGGAAUCCCUGAAUUCAAUGCCUCCCUGCCCCGACGCCGUGACCCCUCACUGGAGGAGAUCCAGAAGAAACUAGAAGCUGCCGAGGAACGACGUAAGUACCAGGAAGCAGAGCUCUUGAAGCACCUGGCGGGAAAGCGAGAGCACGAGAAGGAGGUCAUCCAGAAAGCCAUUGAGGAGAACAACAAUUUCAUCAAGAUGGCCAAGGAGAGACUGAUUCAGAAAAUGGUGUCCAAUAAGGAGAACCGAGAGGCACAUUUAGCCGCCAUGUUGGAACGCCUGCAGGAGAAGGAUAAACAUGCCGAGGAGGUCCGGAAGAACAAGGAGCUAAAGGAAGAGGCCUCCAGGUAGAGAGGCCCCCACGGCACGGAACAGUUUGGACUGACAGCUCCAAGGGAAGAUGGUGGCAGGCGGCGGUCCUGGAGGCCGCUGCCUCAGAGCAAAGUGUUGACUGACGAAUUGGGAUUGUCCUCUGCUUUCGUUGUUUGUGAAUGUAAAGAAUUGAUUGGUGAAGCCAUCGCGUGUGUUUCAGGGAGGGAGGGAAACAGAAAGCUGGGAGGAAGACGUGUGCGUAUC